AUGGCCAUUCUUUCGGAUGAAACUAAGGAUAGCUUUGAAUGGUUAUUUCAAAGCCUUCUCAAUGCAAUAGGUGAAUUAAUGCCAUAUUUGCUCUAUACAGAUUCUGAUCUAGCGAUGGUUAUGACGGUAAACAGUUCUUGGCCAAAAACUAA